AUGUCUUCUGGCCGUGGCAGAGCAUCUCGCGGCGGCGGCGGCGGCAGCGGUAGAGAUGGCCAGUGGGGUAGGCCAGCUCGGCCAGUUCAACCCAAUCCAUCUCUCGGCCCAAGACCAGGAUCCAGUAAGGCAGCAGAAGAUAUGCGUGUUAGACAGGUGGAAGACGAUACUCAGGCUGCCCUCGAAUCAGUGAAAACAACGAAUGCCUCCACCCUUCCCCUGCGGCCUGGUUAUGGAACGAAAGGAAAACCAACACUCGUGUGGACGAACCAUUUCGAAUUGAAAGGAUUGGUUGAUCUCACGGUGUAUCGUUACGCAGUCGGUGUUGCUCCAGACCGGAACGGACGUACUCCAGGCAAAAUGAAACAGCGACAAAUCAUCCACCUCUUAAUUGAUGAUCAUUUCGUCGACCAGAAGCCCAACAUCGCCACAGAUUUCUUCUCUAACAUGAUCAGCAACAUCCCACUGGAAUUGCAGAACCCUUAUCCAGUGCGGUAUCGAGACGAAGGUGACGAUGUGCAAGACGAUGCCAUGGUGUACCAGGUGUCAGUACAGCCAACGGGAGUCAUGCGAUUCUCGGAUUUGCUGAAUUAUGUCACUUCUACCUCGGCUGCGGCCGUUCUCGAUUCCAAAGAAGAACUCAUACACGUUCUCAAUAUCAUCCUUGGUCACUAUCCCAGGUCAUCGCCGCGGAUUGUCUCUGUCGGAUCAAAAAGGUACUUCAGCCUGGACCGAAAUUCGGGUGCAUUUGCUGCGAGAUCCUUGGGCGCCGGCCUCAAUGCUAUGCGAGGGCUUUUCACCAGUGCUCGUGCCGCCACUGCUCGGAUCCUGAUCAAUGCCCAAAUCUCACACUGCACCUUCUACGAGGCUGGGCCCUUGGAGAAUUUAAUCUUCAACUAUCAGGAGGUCAAUGGUCCUAACAAAGCAAAGCUGGAAGCGUUCUUGAAGAAGGUCACAGUCUACGCAACUCACCUCAAGAAACGCAAGGGCCCAGGUCGACAGGUGUUCCGCAUGAGACAGAUUCAAGCAUUCGCUUCACCUCGUGACGGCGAAGGACAACCUCAUCGACCACAUGUCACCGAAUAUGGAGCGGGUCCAAAGGAUGUCAAGUUCUGGCUAGACAGCGAAAACAGCUAUAUUUCCGUUUUUGACUUCUUCAAGAAGGAAUACAACAUCGUCAUCAAGCACACACAUUUGCCCGUCAUCAAUGUUGGAAAUAGACAGAGACUCGUGUACCUGCCAGCCCAAGUUUGCCAUGUUCGGGAUGGUCAAAGUGCCUCUAUGAAAUUGAGCCCAAUUCAAACCUCGAACAUGAUCGGCUUUGCUGUGAAAACACCUGGGGAAAACCAGGAUUGGACAGCCGCGCGUGGCGCAGGGCUUGUCGGUUUCGCACCUGCAAAUCAGACCCUGGACACAUUUGGUCUCAAGAUCAAUCCAGAACUAAUCUCGGUUCCAGCACGCAUACUUGAUGGGCCCAAAGUCGUGUACACUGGGAAUAAUUCCGUCAAGCCCUCCUUCGCAAGCUGGAAUCUCAGAAAUGUGCGUUUUUCUGCGCCGAUGCCAUUGAAGAGGUGGACAUUUUUGAGGAUAGGAAUAGCAGGUCGGCCUGUCCCGUGGGGAGGCCAAGGCAAGUUCAAACAAGCCAUCGAGCAGUUUAUGUCGAAGAUGGAAGAGCUAGGCAUUACCGUGGAACGCCCGUUUGAUGGGAUAGAAAUCUCCGUGACGCCAGACACCACCCGAGACAAAAUCAGAGGUGCUAUUGAUCAGUUCAUGCACUCCGAGAGGCUACCGCCCCCAAACUUCCUCUUGGUGUGUCUGUCACGGAAAGACACGGCCAUUUACAACCAGGUCAAAUACACUUGCGACGUCCUGGAGGGCGUGCUAAAUAUUUGUGUUGCGGAAAAAUUCUUCAGUGAGAGGAACGAACAGUAUCUUGCUAAUGUGUGCCUCAAGCUCAAUCUCAAGCUAGGCGGUCAUAACCAUUGCCUUGAGGGCAACAAACUCGGUAUCAUCGCAGAUGGCAAAACCAUGCUCGUCGGACUUGAUGUUACCCAUCCAUCGCCAGGAUCGGUCCGGAAUGCUCCGAGCGUCGCCGCCGUGGUGGCCUCUGUUGAUCGCUCACUCAGUCAAUUCCCCGCGGAAUUGCUGAUGUUGCCGUCACGACAAGAAAUGAUCACAGGCUUGAAGGAGUUGGUCAAGACACGCCUCGUGCUGUGGCAGAAGAACAACAGAUCCCUCCCCGACAACAUCCUGGUGUAUCGCGACGGAGUGUCGGAAGGACAAUACAGCCAGGUCCUCGAACAAGAAGUGCCCCUUUUCCGCGAGGCCAGCAAAGAACUAUACCCUGCCGACCGAAUUAAGGAGGGUUUUCCUCGCAUCUGCGUUAUCGUUGUCGGCAAGCGGCAUCACACUCGCUUCUACCCCACAAGAUCCGAGGAUGCCGACCGGAUGAUGAACCCCAAGAACGGCACCGUCGUUGAUCGCGGCGUCACCGAGGCCCGUAACUGGGAUUUCUUCCUGCAAGCCCACGCCGCCAUCAAAGGCACAGCACGUCCGGCGCACUACUACGUCGUGCUCGACGAGAUCUUUCGCAGACCUGCUGGUGGAGGUGGAAGUGGGAACAUGAGACCGCAGUUGGAAAAUCAGGUGCAGAACACCGCGGACACGGUUGAAGAUCUGACUCAUAAUCUCUGCUACAUGUUCGGUCGUGCUACGAAGGCGGUCAGUAUCUGUCCGCCCGCCUACUAUGCCGAUCUCGCUUGUGAGAGAGCUCGGUGUUAUCUGAGCAAGUUUUUCGAUCCGGAUUCUUCGGAGACGAACUCAAUGACAUUGAGCGGCAGCAGCACUUCGGGCGAAGGAAAAGGCAAGGACAAGGAUCCAAUCGAUCCGAGCUGUUCUCAGCUGCGUGUCCACGACAAUAUCAAGAACGCCAUGUUUUACAUUUGAUACACCUCGAAAUGAGAAACAGCGAGUGGCCACGAGUGAUGAUAGAGUGAAG